AUGGCCGAGCUUGGCAGAUUCGGCACCGAUAAGCUGAUUGGUAUUCCUGUGGAAGCCGACGACAAAGAGGCGAUCGUCGAGAUCGACGCACCAGAAGCUGCUGCAGGGAACGUUGAAGGGGAUACGCUCGAUGGCGGGCGAGCGGACGAUGGCGUGUUCUGUACAAGUGAUGCGGUCGGGACUUUGGGGGGAACGGCUGAGCUUGGCAGACUCAGCAGCGAUACGCUGGUUGAUAUUAUUCCCGUGGAAAUCGACGACAAAGAGGCGAUCGUUGAGGUAGACGCACCAGAAGCUGCGCCAGAGAACGCUGAAGGGGAUACCCGCGACGUCGGGCCAAUGAAUGUCGGGCCAAUGGACAGCGAAAAGGAAAUGUCUGGUACCAGAGAUGUCACACUCACUCCAGAGAUGACUCUGGACGACGAGUAUAGAGGUAUCGAAGGCUCGCUUGAGGACCGAGUGGAAGUACCCCGUGCACUUGCAGAAUCUGACGACUUUCCCGUCACAAUGGAUCGACUGGUGGCAGCAGGAGAGUUUUCGGCGCUCGUGUCGUACGCAGUUGGAGCCUCUGAUCCACUGCCUAUGCUCAGACUCGCCUUCAAAGAAGUCGAUGGGAUUGCGAUAUCAGAUCUACUCGUUGUGGAUAGCUCCGAGUGUGCUCCCUGGACACUUUCCUUGGACACGCUUACAGCAGCAGAGCCCGAUUGCGAAGAUCCUGGAUCAUUGCCACCGGAAAGCAAGCUCGUGAUGGUUGUGUCAUCAGCAGACGCGAGUCCCAGUGUUGCUGGAGAGGAGAGAGAGCUCCCGAUGGUGAAUGUGUAG